UUCCUGAUGCUCGGCGGUGCCGCCGUUCCCUGGAGAAAAGCUGCCUGCCCCGGUGGAGUACUUCAAUUAUACACUGCCUACUCGCUCACUUGGCACUUCAAACUCUCCCCAAUAUGAUGGGGGAUCUUCUUCAUACACUCCCUUGGAUCUUCUUCUCUUUCCUCCCCCUCCUCCUCCCCCUCCCCUUCGUCAUCCGGCCAUACCAUGCCUAAUUUUGGUUCUGGUUUGAUAUGUCUUGUACCUGAUGUUGACCCUUCUGCUGUGGGCUCUAUUCCUGCUGCCUUCGGCGCAGGCCGCCUUCGUCCGUCGUUGGGAUUGCAAUCCUUCCAUUACUGCACCCACUGAGUCCAUCAGCUUUCAGCAUCAAUCCUUAACUGGAUCCCUGGUUAAGCCAGAGCAUGAUGGCCCGACCCUACUCCUCAAGCUAACAGGAAAUUAUGAAGCCGAGUGUAACUCUCUCAAUGGGUCCCUGGCACAGUUGGUGGUGAAUGCAAGUGUCCUGGGCGGUCCGGUGGGCUUUCAAGGAGAAAGUAGUGGAAGAUGUGGUGAAGACCCUUAUUGGGAGCGCUUCAGUAUGUCGAACCAAGGCCAAAUACAGGGCCACUUGAUGGGAAGCCUUCACAAUUAUGCCAUUUACGAGACCUCCUACUACCUCAACCACUCCUAUGCCCUGCACACACUAGACACAACCAUCCACCUGUGGUUGGAUGGCCAAAAAAUAACUUGUGUCACUGCACAUAUCACGCCUUAUAUCGGCCCAGUGACAUCAAUUUUAUUGAAAGCUCUUCCAUUCUUGAUUAUGGUCUUGUUUGGAAUAGCUACAGGACCGCUCAGGCUCUUUCAUACAAAUGGAAGAAGCAUGUUUCGGUACGAGCUGGCCGACCCAUCCCGAGACCCAGCCCAAUCCCACGUACAAGGACUAGGCGAUUGUCUGCAAUUUCUUCAAUUCAUCUUCUUGACCAGCUGUCUGACGCUUUCAUACCCGGGCUUCUUCCGAGCAAUCGUCGGGGAGUUGGCCUGGUCGUCGCUCAUCUUCCGCAAUUGGCCUGUCACACAUGGAUUCGCCUACCCUGGUGUUCAGGAUGGUUUCUAUGCCACUAAUUCGACUUGGGGCUUGGAGGAGAUGACGCAGGUCCUGGGUGGGACUACCAUCAGUGAUAUCUGGGUCAAUGCGAUUGUUAAUCUUCUCCUCGUCAUCGUGGGGAUCGUGGCGCUGGUGCAAGUUCCUUUCGGAUUCCAAUGGGCGUCGAGGAUUUUUCGGAAGCGACAAGCGAUUGAGCUGUCGGACCUUCAAGAAGAGUCAUUGACUCAAUGCCAGCGUACUGGAUGGAGUAUUCUUCGAGCGGUGCUCGACCAUUUCCUCUUUCCGCUGGUAACCUUCUCUACGAGUCAACUCCUCCUAACAUCAUGGUAUCCGGCCUACCGUACCUUCUUCGCGGUUUUGGUUGUUGGUCUCCUUGCUAUGUCCUUAGGCUUUACUGUGCGGUAUCUGAUCAAGACCAACAGACAAUGGGCCUUUUCUCAAGGAAGCUUGUUUCCCAAGCAUUAUUCCGGAACGUGGGUUUCCUGUGUCUUGUACGGCAUUCCGAUUGUAAGAGGUAUAGCGAUCGGGGCAUUGCAACGAUCGGGCCUUGCCCAGGUUGUAGUUCUCAUCAUAUGUGAGACGCUCAAUCUUGUCUGCCUGCUUUGGAACUGCCAGGACUUUUUAGCCUGGCGACCUGCCUGCUUUUCGUUUGGCAGGCUUGCCAGCCUUGUUAUGAGCUGUGCCUUCCUCCCGCAGUCUGAGGCACCCCAACGCAACCAGGGUAUACUGGCAUACAGUAUUCUAUUCCUAUAUGCAACGAUGAUGUUCUUCGGGUUUCUCGUCCCUUGCAUCAUAAGCAUAGCGCUCUUUAUACUUCGCAAAGCGGGACUCGUGCACUCCCAUCGUGGCCCCCUCGUGCAGCCUCGAGAAGCACCGAUUUAUGGCAUUGGUCAACUUUCGCAACGAUCAACGCGGAAGACUUCAUUCACGGAGCUUCCAGAGCUUCGCCCCGUGGGUGUGUAUCGUCCGAGCAUGGUAUCUUGGCGACCGUGAUAUGCUAAUGAAGGCCACCUCAGCCUAUCCUCAAACCACAGGGAUACCGAGCACGAAUGAAUUUCCAUCGUACU